AGGUAGUCCUGUCAUUUGGAGCAGGCUCAGGCUGUCAGAUCAGUCAUGGGGGGCUGCAAAGACUUUGCUCAUUUAUUAUCUGUAUUUAAAUCGGCUGCUUAGUCUGUCCCCCUGAGGGAGAGAAACACAAUCAGCUUGUUCCAUUAGCCAGAGUUUCAUUUAAGGGGUUAAUCCCUUUUAUCUGAUCAUAACCAAUCACAUAACCUUUGUAAUCUCCUUUUCACAAUCAGUGAGGCUCUGCAAUCAGGUACAUGGAUCUGGUACAUGGAUCUGCAAUGACACAACUAAACACAAAGGUUACAUUCUUUAUCAAUAGUCCACUCUCAAUAUUGGUUAAGCCUCCCGGAAGUGCCUUUCAACAGUCUAAUAGGCUCCAGUGCAUGUGCAGUUUGUGAGCCUGUCGGUGUGAACUGCUUGUACAUGAUACAAAGUCUCUAUUUAUCUCCUUGUUGUGCACGGUACCGCCUGCUGCAUCGCACUCCCUGUCUGACUGAUCAGAUACAAGAGACAUCUCAAAGAUGAACAUUUUCUUAGAGACGCUCAAAGUUUUGCUCCUUACAAUCUAUCUUAGUCUGGAGUCCCUUUUUUUGUGGUUCCUUCCCUCUCGGAGGAAAGAUGUUGCUGGUGAAAUAGUGCUAAUUACUGGAGCAGGAAGUGGUAUAGGGAGACUGAUGGCACUGGAAUUUGCCCGCCUUGGAGCUACGUUAGUCCUUUGGGACAUAAAUGAAGAAGGAAACAAAGAGACCUGUAGACUGGCAAAGAAAAAUGGAACAGUCAGAGUACAUGCCUAUCUGUGUGACUGUAGCAAAAGGCAAGAAGUCUACAAAGUGGCAGACCAGGUUAAAAAAGAAGUUGGGGAUGUGUCCAUUCUAAUUAAUAAUGCUGGAAUAGUGACUGGAAAGAAAUUUAUAGACUCGCCUGAUGCUCUUGUGGAGAAGACAAUGCAGGUGAACAGCAUGGCACACUUCUGGACUUAUAAAGCUUUUCUUCCUGCAAUGAUGGCUUCCAAUCAUGGUCACUUGGUAAGCAUUGCAAGCUCUGCUGGAUUAAUUGGAGUCAAUGGACUAGCAGAUUACUGUGCUAGUAAGUUUGCAGCGGUUGGCUUUGCCGAGUCUGUUGGACUUGAAAUGUUGGCCCUGGGGAAGACUGGCGUAAAGACUACUAUUGUCUGCCCAUAUUUUAUAAACACUGGAAUGUUUGAUGGAUGCUCAACCAAGUGGCCACGCCUCUUGCCCAUCUUAGAAGCUGAAUAUGCCAGCAAAAAGAUUGUGGAUGCCAUCCUGAAGGAACAAGUAUAUCUGGUGAUGCCACGUAGUCUCUAUAUCAUGUUCGGGCUAAAGAACAUCAUGUCGACAAAGCUGGGAGUUGUCCUUGGCGAUUAUUUUGGAGCUUUUAAUUUUAUGGACCAUUUCAAAGGCCGGGGAAAAAAGGAAUGAAGUUUUCUCCAGCUGUGUAUCCGAAUGACGAAAGGCCAGUAAAUAUAUGCAGAAUUUCAGCAAAAAAAAAAAAACCUUCUUACACUAGACCUCUACAUCUGAAACAUUUCCAGAAUUCUACAGAAAUCCAUAUAUCAAUGCUUUAUAACAGCUAUAUGCAGACCAUGUAUUCUUGUCUAGAAUGUAUUGCGGGUCCAAUAAACAAAAAGAAAUACUAUUGUCACAA